GCUAACCCUAACCCUAACCUUAACCCAGGGGAGAACGACUGCCCCCUCUCAUUGAAGCCACGGAAGUUCAAGGCUGACCACAAUAUUGCAGGCAUUAUUAGACGAAAACAGGAUCCUGCAUUAUAGUGAAUGGGAAAUUGUUGAUCUUUGUGGUCAAUCUUAGCGUGAGUAUAAUCAUUUUUUGAGGACAAUAAUGUAUCAAUAAUUGCUUCUAAUACACCAAAUGUAUGUCCUUGAACCGAUAAUAUUUCCAUCGCACACAGAAGAACUAAUAAGGAGAAUGAAGUUGCUAAUGGAGCCCCGGUCGGCCUUCGACUUGAAUUACUCAAUGAGAGGGGGCAGCACUGAGCUAAACUGCAACGUUACUUCCUGGAGUAAUUAAAACUAUGCCUGUUAUGUCUCCAUCUUAACCGGCUUCAUUUGUCUUCAAUGAGCUAAACUAAGAUUUGCCACCUUUCUAACAUAGCUAAUUUUAGCCACAAUAAAAAUUGAAUUUUAAAGAUAAAAUUAGUUAGAAAAUUGUGUGGUGGACAUGAAAAAAUCGUGUGCCUGUCACGAAUAUCUAAUUAGUAAUUUGUAUCUAUUUCACGAUCAUUUGUGAUGGUGUGUUUUUAGGGUAGGGAUAGGCGAUGGGUGCUCACGUUGCCCCUAAUGGACGGUAGGAUAAUGACUACGGAAAUAAAGGCCAUAAUUUCACAAUUUAAAAUGAUUUGACAGUAAUCCACUAGAGUCUCCAUAAUCAACUGGCGUUGAGGUCGCAUGGGUUGUGAGGUGGGGGUUUGUAACUACGCCGACAAAUUACAUUAUCCAUCUGGACCUUUGCCACCUAGGAAAUUUGUGACGGACCCUCCACUAAAGUUUGGCCUGGCUGAGUUAUGUAACAGUGGGAACAGUACAACAGACAUAGAGCAUGCAAAGACCAAGGUCAGCUCAUAUAGUGACUAUGUAAUGGCAGAAGCCAACACGUACACUGUCACUCAAUCGGACAGUAACAUUAGCAAUCUCACAAUUAAGAGGAACAUAUUCACUAUAACAUGGCUUGCCAUAGGAGGCUCAAAUAAGAUUUGUUAACAUAGUGCAUCCUUCUAUAACUGAUGCCCUCCACAUAGCCUAACAGGCUUAUGAGAAAUGUUGGUAAAUUUGAUAUGGUUGAUAUAGCUGUUAUAACAUCGGCCUAUGUUAUUACCUGUUAACAGUUUUGUGGUAGUUAACAGGUCCUAAUGGUGAAAAUUACGUGACCCUUGUUAACUGGCUAUACAAAAAAGUUUUCAAACUUUUUCACCAGAUGUUUGGAUUUAACCAUAAAGGGUCAUUACACACCCAUUUGUCAUAGAGAGUGACACGGUUGGUUAAUGACAUGUUUACAAUGUGAGGCCGCAGUCUAACAUUUUAUUUGAAAUCAAACUGAAGAUAAAUGUACCCUUUUCAUCUCACAAUAAAAAAAAAUAGGCAGACUAUUUUGCACCAUAUUGAUCUACUGUAUCUAUUUUUUUCACAUGUUAUUUCAUUAGAUACAAAUAUUUGUAUUUUUUUUUUUUUAUGAGACUGUAGGUUACCCUCUUGUAUUGAAAUUCUUUGUUUAAACAUUCAACUGACGAAUUUGGCCACCAAUCCAAAAUGUGUGCAACAGGUUCCUUCUGUUCCCUGAUCGAAAAAGGAAUCCUCCUUGAAGAACUGAGGACACCAGGUACCGGCAUUUCUGGGGCACGCUUCUAACCAGAGGAAUGUUAACACAACCACGCGUAAAGCAUUCCCCGACGUUUUGAAUUGAAGCUAAUGUUAUAUUUACAUUUCUUUUGACAUUUGUGUACCAGUUUCUAAAAUGCUAUAUUGUGGUUUUAAUCUAACACGUUCAACCUGUGAUUUCAACAUUAAAUAUGAAGAAAUUCAACUGCGUAAAAUUACAGGACAAAUCAUCCGGAAACCUAGAUUUGUUAUAAUUUGCUCACGUUAGAUUAGGUUCUAGAAAAUGUAAAUAGUGCUAUUUAUCCGAGAAAAUAAAUAUUACCUAUAAUUUUGCAGGUUGAAUUAAUCUUGAAAUCAUGAAAAUUUAUUCAGAUUAUUGGCCUAUAUGUAUUAUUAUUCAAGCAGGUUGACAGGGCAUGCAAUACAACGGCUUGCGCCAUGUCCAUGCCAAUUGAGAACUGGUCUAUGUGAACAGGGUCGGUCAAACUGAAGGGUUUCAGUGAUUGGUUGGUUACCUGUCUCCUCAAUCAGCUGCCAUUCGAUCCCCAUACCCUACACGCACUUUCAAAGCCGCUUCGCUCGCGCUCACUCAAUCUCCGAGUGCUAUCACAAACUUUUCUCCAAUCCUGGCGAUUUAUCGAGCUCUUUAGAUAUAUUAAAAAAACGUUAUACGUCAUCUGCGAAGGUGGAUCAUGUAGUGUUCCAAUAUUUAUAAAGCUCCGUGCGAACAAUACAUUGUGGAGGAGGAAAGAGACCUUUAAGGACGAGUUUCUCGCUGCUGUCAGCGACUUGGUUCCACGUUUAAGACAAGAGAAAAGAAGCACGAGUCAGACUUCACACAGUAGCACGUGGAUUUUUGGAGAUGUUCCUUCUGGAGCUCAGUCACUUGUCAGCGCUGGUCACUGCGCUCACAUCUGUGCUCUCCGCCCUGAUCCUGCUUGCCGUCUCCAGGCAACUGUGGACCUUCCGGUGGACCAUUACGCGGGACACAGAGAGCAAGUUGCCGCUACCCAAUGGAUCCAUGGGUUGGCCCCUGGUGGGAGAAACGUUCCACUGGCUCUUUCAGGGGUCCAACUUCCACAUCUCCAGGAGAGAGAAGCAUGGCAACGUUUUUAAAACUCACCUUUUAGGAAAGCCUGUUAUCCGGGUGACUGGUGCCGAAAACAUCCGUAAAAUCUUGCUUGGAGAACACAAUUUGGUUUGCACGCAGUGGCCUCAGAGCACCCGUAUUAUCCUGGGACCCGACACCCUGGUCAACUCUAUCGGAGAUUUGCACAAGAAGAAGAGAAAAAUCUUGGCAAAAGUGUUUAGCCGCGGGGCCUUGGAGUCUUACCUACCUCGCUUGCAAGAUGUUGUCAAGUCUGAAAUUGCAAAGUGGUGCUCGGAGCCUGGCCCAGUGAAUGUUUACGUCUCAGCCAAGUCUCUCACAUUUCGCAUUGCUGUCAGAGUCUUGUUGGGACUGAAGAUGGAGGAAAAACGCAUAGUUUACCUGUCUAAGAUCUUUGAGCAACUCAUGAACAACCUCUUCUCACUACCAAUUGACGCACCUAUGAGUGGCCUCCGCAAAGGAAUAGAAGCCCGGGAAAUCCUACAUGCGUGCAUGGAGAAAAUCAUAGAGGAAAAAAUGCAGAAACAACAGUCUGAUGAGUACUAUGAUGCUUUCGAUUACAUGUUGAUCAGUGCCAAGGAAAAUGGAAAUGAACUCAGCAUGCAGGAGUUGAAGGAAACCGCGGUGGAGUUAAUAUUUGCUGCUCACUCAACUACAGCCAGUGCCUCCACUUCGCUUAUUCUUCAACUCCUGCGGCACCCCGCUGUGGUGGAGAAAGCCCAGAUAGAGCUGGAGUCCGAGGGUCUCGGCUACGAAGCACAUAGCGCCCACAGAUGCUCCGGCAAAGAAAAUGGUCUGAAAGGUCCUCUUGCGGCGGAACAUGAGGAACAUCGGCCUCUAGACCCAGACGACACCCUGUUGAUGAAUGGUAACGGGACUGUUAAUUGCGCACUGGAUGAAAACGAAGAAGCACGGUGUUCUCGGUCUCAUAUUCCUUGUUUAACUUUGGAGAAACUGAGUCAGCUACGUUACAUUGAAUGUGUCGUCAAGGAGGUCCUGCGGUUUCUCCCGCCAGUGUCUGGAGGAUACAGGACGGUGCUACAAACAUUCGAAUUGAACGGCUACCAGAUUCCUAAAGGAUGGAGUGUAAUGUACAGUAUCCGGGACACCCAUGAGACAGCUGCAGUGUUCCAGAGACCGGAUAUCUUCGACCCAGACCGCUUCGGGCCGGAGCGUGACGAGAGCAAGACUGGGCGCUUCAAUUACAUUCCAUUUGGUGGCGGAAUAAGGAGUUGCGUCGGAAAGGAGCUUGCCCAAAUGAUACUUAAAACCCUGGCAGUUGAGGUGAUUGGCACGUGCAAAUGGACACUCGCCACGGAAACAUUCCCCAAGAUGCAGACGGUGCCAAUAGUCCACCCCGUCAAUGGACUGCAUGUGCAUUUCAAUUACGCAUAGCCUACUCCGAUAGUUUAGAGAUGUCAUUGUGUUAUUAUUAAAAACAUUAAGCUCAUUAACUUUCCGCAAUUGCAAUAUUAAGUUAUUCAAUCUGAAUAUAUCAGCAAGAACCCUAUGCUGUGAGAAACAUGGUGGUCAUUGUAGAGUGGAACCAAUGCAUGGUGCCAGUGACCUGUGAUGACCUGCUUAUCGCCAAGAUCGCCUUUUUACGCACUGGGAAAAGUGACUGCAUUUGCUAUUCUUCACGGACAUCCGGGCGCCCAAUUCCAUAACAUAGCAAAUCGAAAGAUGAUAGCCUAUAUUUCAGCACCAUAAUGCAAUAUACAAUGGACGAGUAGGGCUUUCCUCUCAGAACAAACAUUAUCUGUGCUCAGGACUGAUUAUAAAUAUCCGUCUAUAAUACGAAAUUGUCUUUCAGAUCUUGCACUUGGUCUCCACGAAAUACAUUCAGAAAUACAUUCCAAAUGUAUGUGUUUAUGUCCAGUAUGUAAGUAGAUAUAAAUGAGAUAUAGGCCUACAUUUAUAGGCUAAAUAAGUGUAUGUGUGUAUGAAAUGAAGUAGUAUUACAAAUAAGCUUUAUUUAUAGAACACUUCGGAUAAGUCUGUGUACAUAUGGAAUAAUAAUGAAUAGGACUAGUUAUUUAUAAUCAAUGUAAAGCAUAGACCGUUAAAACAAACCAUAGGCCUAGAGUAUCGCUAAUUAUUUGAUUAUUUAGAGUCUAUAAAUCAAAAUGCAAUUAUAUAAACUUACCUAGUGAAAAUAACCAAUUAUUAUUUGUAUUCUUAUUAUUAUUACAUGUUCCAUCAUUAUGAAUAAUCGUUUGUUGAUUUUAAAGCAUGAUGGAAGCGCUGUGAAAUGACCCGGUUAAUUAAGAUGGAUUCAUGGAAGGAGAUAGCACUUUUUCUCCUUUACGGAGUGUGUAUAUACAGUAUUUGUUCUAUUGAUUGAAUGUGUGUAUUUUUGUGUUGAUGAUGCUCGUAUUAUCUAUAGAACGAUGUAAAGGGUAAAUUACAAAAAAAAGU